AUGAAGGCUUUCAUUUUCAUCGCCGCUCUCUUGACAGCAGCGGAAGCUGUGUUGGCGAAGGACCUAGUCGCGGUAGAGGCACCGGCAGACACAUGGUGUAUCACAUACCUGUCUACCUACCUUGCUACGGUCACAAACCCAGGUGAUAUUUUGCCGUCGGAUGCAUCAGGCAAUGAUGGACCAGAUGCACAGAAUUCUGGUCGGCUCCCCUUUGCGCCAUCUCUUCACCCUACUUUUAGACGAAACACUUCGAUAUCCGUCACAAGAUCCGCUAUGAGUACGGACGUUCGAGAUACGCUGGGUCCGGAAAGCUCGCUUUCUACUUCAGUAGUGAUCAAUACUGUUGAUACGUCUCCCGUUAACUCUGAGUCCUCCGAUUUGGACGUCGACCCAACCGCCGCACAGUCAAGUUAUGGAGUUUCAACAAUCACCGAUGGUCUCUCUACGAUGGCGGCAUCUACAGUUGACGCAGAAGCUACUUCGACGUCCACUGAUAUCAUCGAACCUGCUGGACGGAUCGUCAUCUUCCUUAUUCAAACCACCGAUAACGAAAAACGAGCUAUCUAUAGAAGAGUAAUCAGCGGGUUUAUUGGAUUAAAUAAUCCUAGUGUAUGCACAUUCGCAGCUACUUUCAAUCUCGCCGAAGGUCAGCUAUUUGCUGACGGCGUGCCUAUCUAUUACUCUGGCGAGGACUAUAAGGAGCUAUCCGCGCAAGGCCGUCCUCCCAGUGGCAGUAUUACGUCGGGAUUCGCAGACUCUGGUGGUACACUUACAUUCAGGAACUCGGAUCUACCAAACGGUGAGGCAGGCUUCUGUCAAGAUGCGGACGGCCAGGUCUAUAUCACUUUUACCACUGGACCAUCGGGGUGCGUGCCUGUCAACUUAGCGGCUUAUAAUGUUGAGCAAUGCCAGGACGGUAGACUGAUUGGUCUCGAUGAGUUGACUUCAAGUGUGUCUGGAACUGCCAUUACGACGGCAGAUCAAAGUUUUUCCGCUCCAUCAACUUUCGGGGAGCUCCCGGAGUCUACCGACCUCAUUCAAUCUCAGUCAAUUAUUCCAUCUUCACAGACAUCUGAAUUUGAGGCAUCUGCUACAAGUUUAUCCCAUGUCACUGAGUCAUCCACCCAGGAGUUAGGGGGCGCAAGUAGUCAAGAGACAUCUGCCCUCACUGUUAGAGAAGAUCUCGAAACGCUUUCAAGUGUAUUGACCACGUCUGGCGAUUCAGCCUCUGAGCCUACAUCUGCUUCGACGCCACACCUUUCAUCAGAGACAUCUGAUCUGUUGGACUCCACAACAACCUCCAGUGAUGGAACAGAACUCUCAACGACGUCCGGAGUGGAAUCUCAAACUACAACAGGGAUCGAGACGUCUCAUAUAGAGACUACUAUCAAGACUUCUGUUUCAGAGACAACCAUCAUUCUUGAAACAACAGAAGCUACGCCUACUGAGGGUGACACAUCCAGUACAGAGGUUGUCAGUGACGUCGACACCACAGCUGCCACAGACACCACAGAUACUACCACGACUAAUGCCGAUGUCAUCACUGAUCUUGAGGACUCCACCACCAUGGAAGCUGAAACGACAGCGGCAGAGACCACUACUUCAGUUAAACCAACGACAACCACCGAGACUGCUACAGAGCCUGAGGACCUCACUACCACUGAAGCUGAAACGACAACGCCAGAGAUUACCACCACGGCUGAGCUAACAACAACCACCGAAGCCGCCCCUGAGCCUGCACCCCAAUUUGCCUGCGGCGAUCCCGGAUAUACCACCACAUACACGUAUAAUAGUGUCACCUUUAACCUGCAAUGCGAAAGUAACUAUAGCUACUUUGGUCUGGAAACUUUUAGUACUGCAAGUUUUGGCGAGUGCUUAAGCCGUUGCGCACUGAACAGCGCUUGUAAUGGUAUUGUUUGGCGUCGGGCAUCCCUAUUAUGUAGUCUAACAACAGGUGUAACGGCCUACGGACCAGAUAACCGAUUCGAUGUUGCUACAGUAGCCUCCCGAGCUUGA